GCCAGCGUCUUUUCUUUUUCUCUGUCUAUUCUAGCUAUUCUGAGCUGUCUAUCAGCAGAUCAAGUUUCUUCGGUGAGAGCAGAAAGAAUAAUGCGUACCCAUCGACAAAAUUAUUGCGCUGAUAAGACGUCGCCAAUUGCGAGACGUUGCGGUUAUCAGCGCAUGGCAGGCAGCCUCGACAACGUCGUUCUCUGAAAGGACUUCGGUGGAACACUACAGCGAGCAUCGAGGAGUUUGAAUCUUUCACUGUGGCCUCCCUGCUGUAUAAAGAGUACGACUUAGCACGUUUCAGCAUGCCGCACGGACUUAAGAGGAUUGCCUUCCACAUCAAGCUGGGUCACAGCAACCACAGUGGAAAUACAAGCUCGUUUCUCUCCCAUUCUCAAGUCUGUGAGAGGUACAGAGAAAAGGUACGCAGGUUUGCCCUUGAGAAUAAACGGCUGGCGAAGGCAUUAGCCGAUGCCAAGCAGAGGAUUAAGACAGAUGUGCACUGUAGAAGGCGUCAUCUGCAGGUAUCUACCCUCUACUUGCCACGGGUAAAGACCUGGCUGGAGCAAAAUGCCAUUCACAUAAGAGCGCUCGAAGCCAAUCAUAAUAAGGCCGUGAAGUUGAUGGGGGAGAUAUUAGAUCCCAACGCCGACUUGGCUCUUGUGGACGACGAGGGCUGCUCCCCUAAAUCACCUUCUCCAAAGCCCGUCCUUAAACCGCCAGGCACAAUAGCACGUCUAGUCUUCACAAUGCCAGCACUCCCAGAGACAGAGGAAGAGCAUGCAGAAUGCGAUAAGGACAAGGCGAGGACUGGCAGGACGAAGAGGGGAUCGAAGGGCAAAAGUAAAAGGAGAAGCUGCGAUGCUGCGGUGGCUAAAGUAGAUGUAAGAAAAGGAGUGGUCCAGCGAAGCCCUGAAUAUGGAAGCAAGGCCCCAGUAGCUCUACACUCGAACACAAGUCUUACAAUCAAACCUCACCAAGGUUCAGAGCUCAGAACUGAUCGUAACGAAGAAACAUCGGUGCCGCAGGACCCCAAUCCAAAGUCAGCUAUUAUUUCGAAAGAUCGAUGCAGCGCUAAAUCACUCCUUCGAGGCUUGCAAGAAAGAACUAGCGAGUAUAACGGACAAGCAACAGCAAACCAGGGCACCUCCUCUAUUACUGUUCCCUCUCAAUCUGGUAGGGAGCGUUCACAGCCCCCUUCAAAGGAGGAGGUCAGGAGUAGGUCGGCACACCUUGGAGCACCAUGCAAAAAAGAUACUAACCGUGGCUCGUACAAGUUGCAUGCUCCAAGUACAACUGCUUCAGCACAUAGUCCAGAAGCUCCCUGCAGCGACCACGAAAACACAACGAAAGAUGCUGCAGCAGGAACUGCGAGUUCGCGUAAGACCUCCGCAAUGUCUACAGACAAUAUCUUCACAAAAAUGAGUGUAAAUGAAGUUCACGCAAAUCCAAAUUGUGCCGUCAAAGAAGAAAGGGAUGAAGGCAAGAGAAGCGGAGGCGGAUCGCGAAACAAGAGGCCACUUUCCGAUAUCAAUGACAUCGGCCGGCCAGUACAAGCAACACCAUCACUUACCCAAGUUACCGUCACGGGAUAUAGACAGCUACCUGAUGCAGCUGCUGUUGUGCCUGACGCCUUGGCGAGCGUAAUAGGACAGAGUGCAGAGACGUUCCGGGAUCCCUUGUUGGAUGACGUGGUGACCUCCACCCGACCUCAAAGAAGCAGGCGAUCAACUGCGAGGAGAACCUCAUACCAGGAGCCCAGUUUGAAUACGAAACUUCGACGACCAUAGCGACUUCGAUUUGUCUAUUUUUGUAACUAUCUCAGUUAUUGUAGGACGUACUUAUAAUUAUGAGCAUCAUCGUUUUAGCAUAUAAUGUUUUAAUAUAUUGUAUACCACGAAAGUAUUGCUAUAAAUGAACGCAAGUAGUGU